GGCGGAGCGCCACCCCCGGGCCUGGCCGCGCCGUCCGGUGCUGCGGGACGCGCUGAGGGCCCGGAGCGGCCAUGCGGGUUCCGAGUCCGAGCCCCAGCCCCAGCCCCAGCCCCGGCGCGGCGCGGCUCCCCCGACGGAGGCGGCGGGCGCGGGGCGCGCUCUGAGGCCUGGGGAUGCGCCGCCGCCUCGACCAUGGGCGCCGUCGCCUCCCGAAGGAGGGCGCUGAGGAGCGAGGCCAUGUCCUCGGUGGCGGCCAAAGUGCGAGCAGCCCGAGCGUUCGGCGAGUACCUGUCCCAGAGUCACCCGGAGAACCGGAACGGUGCAGACCACCUGCUGGCUGACGCGUACUCUGGCCACGACGGGUCCCCGGAGAUGCAGCCGGCCCCCCAGAACAAGCGGCGUCUCUCCCUCAUCUCCAAUGGCCGCUAUGAGGGCAGCCUCCCGGAGGAGGCCGUCCGUGGGAAGCCGACCGGUGAGGGCCCCCAGCCCCGUGUGUACACCAUCUCCGGGGAGCCCACCUUGCUGCCCGGCCCGGAGGCCGAGGCCAUUGAGCUGGCCGUGGUGAAGGGGCGGCGGCAGCGGGAGCGGCACCCCCACCACCAUAGCCAGCCCCUGCGUGCCAGCCCGGGCGGCAGCCACGAGGACGUCAGCAGGCCCUGCCAGAGCUGGGCAGGCAGCCGCCAGGGCUCCAAGGAAUGUCCCGGAUGUGCCCAGCUGGCCCCCAGUCCUUCCCCUCAGGCCUUUGGGCUGGACCAGCCGCCUCUGCCUGAGGCCACCAGCCGCCGCAAGAAGCUGGAGAGGAUGUACAGCGUUGACCGCGUGUCUGAUGACGUCCCCAUCCGCACCUGGUUCCCCAAGGAGAACCUCUUCAGCUUCCAGACAGCCACCACAACUAUGCAAGCCAUCUCGGUGUUCAGGGGCUACGCGGAGAGGAAGCGCCGGAAACGGGAGAAUGAUUCCGCGUCUGUAAUCCAGAGGAACUUCCGCAAACACCUGCGCAUGGUCGGCAGCCGGCGGGUGAAGGCCCAGACGUUCGCCGAGCGGCGCGAGCGGAGCUUCAGCCGGUCCUGGAGCGACCCCACCCCCAUGAAAGCCGACACUUCCCACGACUCCCGAGACAGUGGUGACCUGCAGAGCUCACACUGCACCUUGGGCGAGGCCUUUGAGGACCUGGACUGGGAGACCGAGAAGGGCCUGGAGGCUGUAGCCUGUGACACUGAGGGCUUUGUGCCACCCAAGGUCAUGCUCAUCUCCUCUAAAGUGCCCAAAGCUGAGUACCUCCCCACCAUCAUCCGCAGAGACGACCCUUCCAUCAUCCCCAUCCUCUACGACCACGAGCACGCAACAUUCGAGGACAUUCUGGGUACGUGCCCCCAGCCUGGGGGCGGAUCCUGGGGCGGGGCUGCAGACAAGCGGUGGGGGCCGAGGGGCAGCGCUCACACCCUCUCCUCUCCAGAGGAGAUAGAGAAGAAGCUGAACGUCUACCACAAGGGGGCCAAGAUCUGGAAGCUGCUGAUUUUCUGCCAGGGCGGCCCGGGACACCUGUACCUGCUCAAGAAUAAGGUGGCCACCUUUGCCAAAGUGGAGAAGGAGGAGGACAUGAUCCACUUCUGGAAGCGGUUGAGCCGCUUGAUGAGCAAAGUAAACCCAGAGCCGAACGUCAUCCAUGUGAUGGGCUGCUACAUUCUGGGGAACCCCAACGGGGAGAAGCUGUUCCAGAACCUCAGGAGCCUCAUGACCCCUUACAGGGUCACCUUCGAGUCCCCCCUGGAGCUGUCGGCCCAAGGGAAGCAGAUGAUUGAAACCUACUUUGACUUCCGACUGUACCGCCUGUGGAAGAGCCGCCAGCACUCGAAGCUGCUGGACUUUGAGGACGUUCUGUGAAGGGCAGGGCCGCUGCCUUGGACCGGCGACUGGGGCUCGGCUGCCGUGUGCGCCCAGUUCCAUGUGGGUCCUGGUCUUCAUGGCCACUUCAGGGCACCCUCCGACGCCGCUCAGGUUCCCUCCCAGGGGUCUGGUCCUCAACACAGCCCGGGUCACCGAGGCCACAGCCCCUGCGCCUGGGAGGAGCCUCAUCCGUCACGGCCACCACGGCCGUGGAAGUUGGCCGGGCCUCGGCCUCGCCUGGAGGCUGCAGCACGGGGCGGCUCCUCUGUAGGUUCAUAGAAAUAAGUGCAAUUUUCUACACGCCCGAGACAAUUCCAAGGGAAGCAGCAUGACUAGUGAACUAGUUAAGGGCUGCAUUACUAGUUACGGCGUAGAUCUCCCGGCUCAGCUCUGUGCCCCAGCUCCCCAGCCCUGCCGUAUCUGAUCACCAGCACCAGGGCGGCCCGUCUGCCCGGCUGGCUCCGUCGCUGGCCGAGUCCCUGAUCGUCCGUGCUUGCGCUGCUCUCGCCGCCCCUGCUUCCCUGGCCUCAGGCGCACCGGCUCAGCACGGUGCCUGGGCAGCCACAGAGUGGGAGCGAGCCUUCCUUUGCUCAGAGGGCCACUGGGUCGAGUCAGGCCCUGCCUGCUCCCCAGCCUCCCGGGCCUGCCCGGCUCCCCACAGCUGUCCAGCUCAGCUUUUGGCGGCCGAGGUCCGAAGGCCUCUCCCAGCGCAAAGCCUGGGGUCUUGGUGGGAGCCUGCUGGGGCUGGGUCCCGGUGGCGAGAACCCUGCAGCACACUGCAGUGGGGGCCCGGGCCUGAAGGCUGGGCGGCUGGUGGGCUAUGGGCUCACAGCCUUGCUGUGGCCUGGCGGGGGGCUCUCUUGUACAUAGCUGGGGCUCGGGGGCUGGCCCCCCUUUGCAGAGCCUGGUGCCAGACACCCGGCUGUGCCCCUGGCCGAGGGGGCGGGGCUUGAGCCGGGCUCUGCACCACGUACGGCAUCCCUUAGAGUGACCAUUAAAUCUGACCCUCCGCUGCG